GCUUUUACCUUUAUUGACCUCUUUCUUUUUUUCCUACGUGACUCUAUAUAUAACGGCGAAACCCAACAUUACGGUUACAGUCCUACUACACAUUACCCGCUUCUCUCUUCUGUUAGUUCUGUGCUAUACAAUACACUAUACCUGGUUUUCUACGGCCAUGGAAGCUUUUAACUUGCUUAAAUUUUGGCGGAGUAACGGCGGCGGUGGUGACGGCGUCUCCGAUGACGCAGAUUCUAUGAACAACUCUGCCAGAAAUAACAACGACGGGCGGAAUCCGGCGUUGGAAACGGACGAGGAGUCGGAUGAGGAGUCGUUUUUUGAUUUGGUGUUGAACGGAGCUGAUUACAGCUGUAGGGACGAGAAGCCUAAGGCGGUGGAGGCGAUGAGGAAAGGCGAAACGAGUUUGAGCUUUCCGGAGUCGCCGAAAGAUGUGUUUCUGAAAGGGAAUGCGUUUUCGGUUGAUUCGUGUUCGAAGCCGCAGUCUCCGAUUUCGCUGCUUAGAACCGCUCCGAAGUUUCGAGUGUUCUUCUUAGGGUUUAAGAAGUCGAAGGUGGAGAAAUCGCUGGAGAAUGACGGCGGUUCUGGUUCGAGUCCGAAGCAUCAGCAGCUGCAGAAGGCGGCGCAGAAUGAGCAGAGUAAGCGGUUUGCGGCGGUGAACUGUAAAGUCGACGACGUUGAAGUCGUCGUUGGCUCGUCGUUGCCGUCCAGAGAGAACAGCUUGAGAAGCAAGCUGCAAAUGGAGAAGUUUGACGAUCUCUCGCUUGAUGAACCGUCCAAACGGUUCGCGAAAAAUGCGGUGCCAAAAUACUUGAAGCUGAUUAAGCCUCUGUACUCUAAAGCUUCUAAAUGCACUGAAAAAAGUAAUCUCUCCGAUAAGCUUUCAGUAACAUCUCCGUUGUCUCCGGCCACCACGGAGACAUUGCCAAUGGCCAGAAGGCUAUCAGAGGAGAGACAAGGGAGCAGGACGGCUGGAUUCAGUAUCGUGCGCAAACACCUAGUAAAGAGCCGCUCAGCUUCCGCCGGAACCGCGUCACCGCCGGCAAGGAGAAGGGACGAAUCUCUACUGGAGCAGCAAGAUGGAAUCCAAAGCGCCAUUCUUCACUGCAAGUCAUCGUACAACUCAACGACUAGAGGGAGUUCAUUAUUGUCCCGAUCUGUUAGCGAACCGCAUCCCCAGAAAUCUACGGAUCCACAGAGAAGCUCAUACGAGGACACAAAGCGAUGCAGCAUUUGAUCCAUAACCUCCUGUCCUGUUGCAAUUACUAUCCUAUAUUUUUGUUUAUUUAUUCUUAGAUUUUGUGAUGAAAUGCGUUGUAAAUAGACAACGAAGAACUAGAAAUGGGUAGUAAUGGCGGACGUUUACAAUCGUCCCCGUCCAUUCCCUUCCCGGAUGUAGACCGUAGUGAAUCAAUGAUCGUGUCUGUAAAUUCAAGCUGGCUGAACCGAUGAUGACGUAUCUAAAUGAAAAAAAAAAUUCAGAGAAAUGAUUAAACUAAGGAAAAAAUGUGUACUUGCUAUUGCGUUUUUCACUGGGGCAGCUGAUUAUGCUGAACGCCUGUUGCCUGUUGGGAAUCAAAAGCUAUUAUUACACCA